CAAAUCCAAUCCUCAUCUCAUCAAUUUCUAAACCUCUUGCACCCUUUCCCCGCCAAACUUUGACUACACUAAUCCCUUCACACUCCUUCAUUCUCUUCACGUUUCCCUUUUCUCUUCCAACUCUCACCAUUGUAGGUUGAUCAAAUGCGCAUGUAAGAGCAGCACCAUGUGUUGAGUUUGGAGCAAGAACAUUUUUAUCAAUGGCAGAAUGUGUGGCUUCCGCAUUCUGUGUUAAGUUGAAUACACAGAGAAGGCCUGUUAGAGAGAGACCCUUCUUGGGUCAGACUACAAAUCUCAAGACUGUUCAAAGAAAGUAUUCCAGAAAUGGAUGUAAAUUUGUUCACUUCUCUACAAGGAAAACUUUUGAACUGAGUCUAUUUGGGGGCAUAGAUUUGAAUUUUACUCCUCGUCGUCAGCAACUUCCAAUAAAGUGCAUUGGUUUAGGGGCUUUGGUUGACUUUGAUGGUGCAACAUCCUCUGGUUUGGUUCCAGUUGUUGACCAGGUGCUUUUGAUGGGCAGUAUAUUUCUCACUUAUAUGGCUGGAGUAAUUCCUGUCGAGAAAUCUUUUGCUAGUUAUCAAAAGACUAAUUCUGAUAAAAAUGUGUUUGCUGAAAGCUCGGACAUUUCUGGUAGUUCAGUGAAGCAAAAUUAUGGAUUUGAGUCAAAAUAUGUUUUAAAUGUGGUGAGAGGAAAACUUUUAAAUUCUCUAAAUUCUUUAGAGCAAAAGGCUUAUUCUGGAGACAUCAUCCUUCAAUCUGCAAAGAGACCCUUGAGUUUAAGUGCUGUUGCCAGGGGUCCAAAGUUAAGGUUGAUCUGGGCUGCUUUUCAACAAGUUGAGGAAGAGGUUAAUAAUAUCUCAAGCAUUUCCAGAGCUGUUGGUGUAGAUGAUAUGUUUGGAUUGUUUUCUGAAAUUAUUCAGAGGUCCUGUCACUCUAUCUGUGCAGCAUGGCUGGAGAAGGAAUUUUUCCUUCUAAAGGGAAGUGAUGACAAGGAACUUGCUUCUAUGAUACUUGAAAAGGUGAGAGGAGAUAGCACUAUUGUACAGAGCAUUACAAGGUCUGGCAAGAAAGAUCUGUAUUCAGAAUUACUCUGGUAUCUUACUUUUGGUUCUCUCAGGGAGGAUUGCUAUUAUGAUUCGCGUAUAUUUGCUGUGCAUGGGAUUUCCAUUUUGGAAGAUUUAGUGAUAGCUCUAGCAGAUGGGGUUGCGAGCAUAUAUCUGGAGUUCAUUUCAGUUGAUAGUGAUGUGUCAAGUAAAACAAAUAGCUUGGAUAUGUCAUUAUGUGCUUUAUCCACCAGAGAACUCCAAAAGUUACGAAAUGAGGUGGCUUUGAACCAGUGGCUUUACCACAACAUGGACACAGUUGCGUCAAUGUAUGAGGAUCGCUUUGACUUGUGUAUUCUUGAGAGCCAACCCAUUGAUCUAACGGACAAUAUUCAGACUGAAAAGGAAAAUUGGUGGAAGAGGCUUACCCAGCAAAAUUCAAAAACAAUGUCACUUGAAUUACAUUGCAUUGAGAUUAGCCAUUUCUCAAUGCCUGUAAAGCGGACCAAGGAAUUAAGAGCCCUGACAGGAUGGCGGUAUUACUUCAGCCUUUUCCUUGAGUUGUCUGACAUCACCAUGCCCCUUGUUAGAGCAGUUAUCGAUAGAGUUAGCGAUGCUAUCUCAUUCUUUUUAGUUAGCUUGAUUGGGAGGUCCUUAGGACUCAUUUAUACAGGCAUUAGGCAGUCUCUCAGAUGGAAGUGAGAUAAGUGGUGCAGUUUUGUGUAGUGCAGUUAAUUUUUUCAUCAUUCUGUUUAUUUCUUUCUUUCUUUUUGUUUCAUAUAUGGUGGCAUUUAUAGAAGGAUUGUGGUUUAAAUUCCAUCAAAUUGAAAAUAUUGCAUUGCCCUCCAUUUUGAACAUGUGAGGUUUAACUGGUAUAUACAUCAGGAAAGCUUAUUCAUCUCGUGAUAAUGGCAAAUUUAGUUUUGAAGUUG